CCCACAACGCCAGGCUCUCUGUGCCAUUCAACUAGGUCCCACCUUCUCCAGGCCCCGCCCCUGUCGCCUGGUCCUACCCUUCUCCCCACCCUUAAGCAGCAGGUCUUGAGGCUCUGGUGGGCCCCGCCCCCUUCGCAAUGCCCCGCCCCACGAGCCCGCGCCGCCCGUUUCAGACCCGUUGGCACCAGGCUAACAGCUCCACAACAUCGGCGGCCCUGGACGCCGCUGGCGGCCCGCCCUAGGCAGCCAGGCCCCACCAAGCCCGGCCCUCGCAGGGGUCUUUCUUCCUAACUCCACAGCCCCACCGGCAUGGAUGAUGUUCAUCUUGGGGAGGACCUCGAGGGUAAAGACACAGAGUUCACAUGGGAGGUGAAGGCCAAUGACCGAGCCUACCACAUGCAGUUCAAGAAGAAGGGCUUCCUAUGCUGGAGGCAGAAGAAGUACAAGAGCAACGCCAUCCACACUGCCAAAUACAAUGUCUUCUCCUUCCUGCCUCUGAACCUGUAUGAGCAGUUCCGUCGAGUGUCCAAUCUCUACUUCCUUUUCAUCAUCGUCCUGCAGAGCAUCCCUGAGAUCUCCACACUGCCUUGGUUCACACUCUUUGCACCUCUGGUCUGCCUGUUUGUGAUCCGGGCCGCCCGUGAUCUUGUGGAUGACAUUGGUCGACACAGGAGCGAUAAGAUCAUCAACAACAGGCCUUGCCAGAUCCUGAGGGGGAAGAGUUUCCUGUGGAAGAAAUGGAAGAAUCUAUGUGUGGGGGACGUGGUGUGUCUCAGAAAAGACAGCAUUGUCCCGGCUGACUUGCUCCUGCUGGCCAGCACAGAGCCCAGUAGCCUGUGCUACGUGGAGACUGCAGACAUCGACGGGGAGACCAACUUGAAAUUCAGGCAGGCUCCGACGGUCACGCACCAUGAACUUACCAGCCCAAAGAAGAUGUCUUCCUUCCAGGGUACAGUGACUUGCGAGGAACCCAACAGCCGGAUGCAUCAUUUCGUGGGGAGCCUGGAGUGGAACAGCAGGAAGUACCCGUUGGACAUCGGGAACCUCCUCCUGCGUGGCUGCAAGAUCCGCAACACAGACACCUGCUAUGGCCUGGUCAUCUACGCUGGUUUAGACACAAAAAUCAUGAAGAAUUGUGGGAAGAUUCAUCUGAAGAGGACCAAGCUGGACCUGAUGAUGAACAAGCUGGUGGUCCUGAUCUUCAUAUCCCUGGUAAUUAUGUCCACGUUGUUAACACUGGGCUUCACCUUCAUGGUGAAAGAAUUCAAAGCCAAGCAUCACUACAUGUCAUCGACACAAAAGCACUCGGAGGCAAUGGAGUCCUUCUUCAUCUUCUGGGGCUUCCUCAUCUUGCUCAGCGUCAUGGUGCCCAUGGCCAUGUUUAUCAUCGCUGAAUUCAUCUACCUAGGCAACAGCAUUUUCAUCAACUGGGACCUCAAUAUGUACUACGAGCCGCUGGACAUGCCGGCCAAGGCCCGCAGCACCAGUCUCAAUGACCAACUGGGCCAGGUGCAGUACAUCUUCUCAGACAAGACCGGGACACUGACGCAGAACAUCAUGACCUUCAAGAAGUGCUGCAUCAAUGGCUGCAUCUAUGAUUCAGACGAUGAACAUGGGACGCUCCGGAAGCGGAACCCGUAUGCCUGGAACCCAUUCGCUGAUGGCAAACUCCAGUUCUAUAAUAAGGAGCUGGAAUCCCUGGUGCAAGGCCAGAGGGACAGAGCAGUACAAGAGUUCUGGCGUCUGCUGGCCAUCUGCCACACUGUGAUGGUACAGGAGAAAGACAACCAGCUACUAUACCAGGCUGCCUCCCCUGAUGAGGAGGCACUGGUCACCGCUGCCCGGAACUUUGGCUACGUGUUUCUGUCUCGGACCCAGGACACCAUCACCGUAGUGGAGCUAGGGGAGGAACGGGUCUACCAGGUUCUGGCCAUGAUGGAUUUCAACAGCGUUCGCAAACGGAUGUCAGUGUUGGUCCGAAACCCAGAGGGCUCCAUCUGCCUCUAUACCAAGGGUGCUGACACCGUCAUCUUGGAGCGUCUUCACAGUAAGGGUGCCAUGGAGGCCACCACCGAGGAAGUCUUGGCUGCCUUUGCAGAGCAGACCCUGCGCACCCUGUGCCUGGCCUACAAGGAUGUGGCGGAGGAUGCCUACAAAGAGUGGGAACCUGAGCACCAGGAGGCCACCCUCCUGCUGCAGAACCGCGCACAGGCCCUGCACCAUGUGUAUAAUAAGAUGGAACAGAACCUGCAGCUGCUGGGAGCCACAGCCAUUGAAGACAAACUGCAAGAUGGCGUUCCUGAGACCAUCAAAUGCCUCAAGAAGGGAAACAUUAAAAUGUGGGUGCUGACCGGGGACAAGACAGAGACCGCAGUGAACAUCGGCUUUGCGUGCCAGCUGCUGUCGGAGAACAUGUUAAUUCUGGAAGACAAGGACAUCAAUCGUUUACUGGAGAACUAUUGGGGCGAAAACAUACACCAGAGGGCGUUCAAAAUGAUGACCCACCACAACAUGGCCUUGGUUAUCAAUGGAGAAUUCUUGGAUCAGCUGCUCCUGUCCUUGCGCAAGGAGCCCCGAGCCCUGGUCCAGAAUGCAGUGGUGGAUGAGGCCACCCAGGAGCCGGGUGUGUCCGCGUUAGACUUCCUCCAGGCGCGGAGGAUCUCCCAGAUGUGGAGAUACUUUGGGCCCUCCCUGGCAACGUCCCAGGCAGUCGCCUCCAAGAUCCGCGAGAGCCCCGAGGUGCGGCGGGAGAGGGCCUUUGUAGACCUGGCCUCCAAAUGCCAGGCUGUCAUCUGCUGCAGGGUGACGCCCAAGCAGAAGGCCCUUGUGGUGGCGUUGGUGAAGAAAUACCAGCAGGUGGUGACGCUGGCCAUCGGAGAUGGAGCCAACGAUGUGAACAUGAUCAAGACUGCGGACAUUGGUGUAGGGCUGGCGGGCCAGGAGGGCAUGCAGGCGGUUCAGAACAGCGACUACGUGCUGGCCCAAUUCUGCUACCUGCAGCGGCUGCUCCUUGUGCAUGGGCGCUGGUCCUACAUGCGAGUCUGCAAGUUCCUGCGUUACUUCUUCUACAAGACAGUGGCCAGCAUGAUGUCCCAGAUAUGGUUCUCCAUAUUCAACGGCUUCUCUGCACAGCCCCUAUAUGAAGGCUGGUUCCUGGCUCUCUUUAACCUGCUGUAUUCCACACUUCCAGUCCUGUACAUUGGUCUGUUUGAGCAGGAUGUGACCGCAGAGAAGAGCCUAGAGAUGCCCGAGCUGUACAUGGCCGGCCAGAAAGACGAGCUUUUCAACUACUACAUUUUCAUGCAAGCCAUCGCCCACGGCACCAUCACAUCCCUGAUCAACUUCUUUGUAACAAUUCUGACUAGCUCUGACAUGUCCACGAUGGGCAGCUCCAGCGACUGCCAGUCCUUUGGGGUCCUGGUGGCCAUAUCUAGCCUACUGUCAGUCACCCUGGAGGUUAUGCUUAUCGUGAAGUACUGGACGCUCCUGUUUGUGGGCGCUGUCGUGCUCAGCCUCAGCUCCUAUGUGGUCAUGACAAGCCUCACUCAGAGUCUAUGGUUGUACAGGAUCUCACCAAAGACCUUCCCAUUUCUGUUUGCUGACUACAAUGUGCUCCGAGAGCCUUCCAGCCUGCUGUUGAUUGUACUCAAUGUGACCCUGAACGUUCUGCCCAUGCUGGCUUUGCGCAUGAUCCAUAGAACUGUCUUUAAACGGCGCCCCAAGGAGGAAGAGGAGGUCCCAAGUGAAGAAGUAAUCGUGGAGCCGGCCAUGAGGCAUCUUCGCCGCGGGAUCCCGGCGCGCCGCUCCAGCUAUGCCUUCUCGCACCGUGAGGGCUAUGCAAACCUCAUCACCCAGGGCACCAUCCUGCGCAGGCAGACGCACACAGAUGAAUUCUGUGGGGACACAGUCUGCGAGUCUCCGAACCCAUCUGAAGAAGACAUGCCCUCACAAAACAAAGAUUCAAUAUUUAAUCCACGGAAGAUCUCCAUCCUAGCUAAGAAGAGACGUCAGUACUUAGGAAAGGGGUCCCAGGAAGAGGUCCACCCCAAUGCUAGUAGCUCCCAGGCCGUGGAGAAACAGGCCACCAUACCCACUACCACAAGCGCCAUGUCAGGGCAGCUCCCGCUGUCCUCAUCUGAGGAUCAGGCUUUCUACAGUGCAGCUUCACAAUACACCCUGGCAAGCCAGCCAGAACGUAUGGAUGUCAGGUCAUCCUUAUCCCGGAAGAGCCCUCCUCGUUGGAGGGAUUCAGCCUCCUCUAGGACGAGCCAGCUGGAAGUCCCCAGAAAGAAACACAACCACACCUCCAGUUGACCAGAAGCCCAUCCCUAGGGGAUUCCCAGUCAUCCAGGACAAUGCAACAGUCACCUGGGAGUGAGCGGAGCCCUAGCGAGGAGCAAGGCACCGUCUCCCAUGGAGUGCGUAUCAGUGCCCUUUCAAGUCAGAUCUCCACGCAGCUCAAGUGAACAGCUGCCCCUGCUCUAGAGCAGCAGGCAUAGCCAGUCAGCAAACAGCAUCCACAGACAAGAGGGGGCCACAUCCUUGCCUUUUUCUAAUAAAACAGGGUCCCUCUGGCCCCAGGGCUUCUUUGGGCUCACUCCUU